AUGCAACUUUGCAUUGUGUGCUCCGAGCAACCGCCGAAAUACAGAUGUCCAGCCUGCAGAAGCAGAUAUUGUUCUGUAGUUUGUUACAGGAAGCACAAAGAUUCGUGCCUUCCUGCUCAAUCUCCACCUGUACCCCCAGUUCAUGAAGGCAAGGGCUCCAUCAGCACAGAUCAAUCCACUGUAGAUGAUCUUUCACACGAUGAAAUCAUUGACAAAGUACCUAUGGAAAGGCUGCAAUUGUUGGGUCAAUCCAAAGAGUUACAAGACCUCCUUUGUAAUCCUCACCUGAGACAGUUGAUGCUUUCCAUAGACAAUUCUGAGAGCAAAGACCGUGCGAUAAAAGCGGCAAUGCAGACACCUUUAUUUGCCGAAUUUUCUGAUUGCUGCUUGAAGAUUGUGGACAAAGAUGACCUCAAUAAUGUGUAA